GCAGACUGGCGCUGCGACUGGUUUAGUAUCUCGCGGCGUGUUGCACUCACACACACACACGCACGCUCAACGUAGCGGCACGACGUGAACGUGCGCUCACUACGAUGCCAGCGCGAACCUCUCCACACAGUGUACUAAUGUGAGCCUCGCGAAGCGGAUGCACAAGAUUCUCCGGAACCGCGCCGUCACUUGUCUUCGCGAAGGAGGACGUAAAAAAAGUAAAGAACGAAGAACAAGCUUACCACGGGUGCACCGUGGCAUUAAGUGUGUGUGUGUGUGUGCACCGGUUGGCAAACAUUGUGGUCGAAAAGCGCAAUUAAAGGGUGCUGUGUACCGCGGUGUUUGAUUUGUGUGUUCCGGCGAUAUUAUAACACACCGAGCACGGUGUCGAUAACGGACGGGGUGGGCUCGAGGUGUGUUGCAUGAAGAAUAGACGCAAAUCACCCCGUUCAAGUGACAGUUGUUGCUGUUGUUGUGGUGGUUGUUGCAGUGUCCAGCAGAGCCUACUGUGAACAUAUCGGAGUUUGGCGGCAAUGCUGUGCAGAGAAACACAAAGAAAGAAAAGUGUUGCGCGUUGACCUUGUAGCGGGAAACGAUAUUCAGCGUAUCAGUGGCGAAUGCACUUUCGUUGUUGUUUGUUUUCAUCGCUUGUUGCAAGACGAGCCACCACCUGUUGCGACCUGCUGGAGUGUUGUUUAUCAGAUAAUAACAAACAGCAAAUACGUAGCAAAAACAAAAGGGUUCAAUUCCCGUACCUACAAAAGUGAUUGUGUGUGUGUGUGUGUGUGUGUUUUUGUUGCUUCAGUUAAGUGCGUUCUAAUUCUUGGCUUCCGAUAAGCGAUUCCGAGAUUCGCUAACACUUCUACGCAACUGGAGAAAAUUAUCUCGCGUGUGCGUGUUUCGAGGGUGAUAGUGCGUGUCGUGUUUUGUGGUUAAAGCUUUUGUUUAUUUGUUCGCCAUUCGUGCGUGAGCACCAGUAGCAGUCGGAUAAACGCACACCAAAAUGUCGACGCUGCUGAAUUUGGACAGCUACCGUCAUGAGAUGUAUGAGCAACAGCAACAGUUGCUGGGCGCAUCACCCAACCAGUACACCAUCCUGUCGAUGGACGCACCGUCGGCGGCGGCAGCAGUGGUCAGUGUUGGAGACUAUACGCUUGGGUCGAGCCGAUCGUAUGCCAGUGCGCUUUCGCCUUCUUCGUCGUCUGCAUCGCCAUCAUCGCCGUCCUCGGUAGCAUCGCCUAACAGUCGUGCCAGCAACAUGUCCCCACAGUCAAGUGCCAGUGACCACAGUGCUUCCUACACGCUGCAGAACCUAAACCUUUCCAGCAGUACCAGCUCGAUGGGCUAUCCUGGCAUGAGCUAUCAGCAGCAGCACCAGCAACACCAGCAGCAGCAGCAGCAUCAGCCGCAACACCAGCAGCAUCAUCAGCAGCAACACCAGCAACAAAUUCAACAGCAGCAACAGCAUUACUACGCUCCCCAACUGUUGAACCUGGACCAGGAGCAUCUGCAAACAUCCUCCUUCAGCAGCUACACGACAUCAUCCAACGAAGCGUUCGCUUCGCCCGAUGCAGACUACGGUAAACCGCAUCUGGUGAUACUGGAGCAACCGGUGGACAAGUUCCGCUUCCGCUAUCAGUCGGAGAUGCACGGAACGCACGGUUCGCUCAUGGGCAGCCGGACGGAGAAGUCGAAGAAAACGUUCCCCACGGUAGAGUUGCGCGGGUACAGCGGGGAGGCCAAGGUUCGCUGCUCGCUGUACCAGGUGGAUCCACAGAGGCGGGCGCCCCAUUCACAUCAUCUUGUGAUCAAGUCCGGCGAGCUGGAUCUGAUCGAUCCGCACGAUCUGGACGUUGGUGGGCCGACAGGCGAGUCCUCCGAUGGUGGUGGUGGUGGUGGUGGUGGCGGAGGGAGUUAUGUGGCCACCUUCCAAGGGAUGGGGAUCAUCCACACGGCGAAGAAAUUCAUUGCCGAAGAGUUGUACAAGAAGCUGCGCAAGCAUCGCCUGUGCGAGCUGAACCGCGAACCGACCGAGCGCGAGGAGCAACAGAUGCAGAAAGAUGCCACCGUCAUGGCGCGCACCAUGAACCUUAACCAGGUGUGCCUAUGCUUCCAGGCGUACCGGGUGGAACCGGGUACGGGUCGCUGGGUGCCGAUUUGUGAGCCCGUUUACUCCAAUGCCAUCAACAAUAUGAAAAGUGCACUUACCGGAGAGCUAAAGAUCUGCCGGCUAAGCACCACGGUCAGUGGUGUCGAUGGGGGCGAAGAAGUGUUUAUGUUUGUGGAGAAAGUUUGCAAAAACAACAUAAAGAUUCGGUUCUACGAGCUGGACGAGUACGAUCAGGAGGUGUGGCAGGAGAUGGCCAUAUUUUCCGAAGCGGACGUUCAUCACCAGUAUGCGAUCGCGUUCAAAACACCACCGUACCGGAACAAGGACAUUACCGAACCGGUGGAGGUGCAUAUGCAGCUGUACCGGCCACGGGACCGAUGCCAGAGCGAACCGGUACUGUUUAAGUACAAACCGCGACCCGGUAUGAUGGUGCCCGGUAGCAGUGGCAGUGGAUCGCGCAAGCGGCUUCGCAUAAGCUCCGGAAACAUUUCAUCCGAAAUUCCAACCGUCAUCCAGAACGAUCCGAACGCAGGUGGUGGUGGUGGAGGAGGAGGAGUGCCAGGAGCUGGAGGUGGUGGUGGUGGUGGUGGUGGUGGUGGUGGUUCAACGACACGCCUACCACCCUUACAUCAACCCUUCCCGAUGUUGGCCAACCAUGACGGAUCGAUUCCCGAGGGUCACGAGCCAUCCUCGGCAGCGACCAUCAACGCUGGGCCAGCCACCGGACAUCAGCAGGACAUUAUGGGCGGGAUCGGGGGCGGGACCACAAUCAGCAAGGAGCUGACCAAGGCCAGCAUCAUACAGGAGAUACUGAACAUUCCAACGACGAUCGCGUCGGACGUAGCGUUUGAUUCGAGCGAUUUCCCAUGCAACUCUGAAGAAUUCAACAAGCUUAUCCAGGAGAUAGGCAACCAGCAGGAUUUGGUAAAGCUGGAAACCGAUUCGGAAGCGGCAGCCGGCGACACUACGGAGAGUGUGCUGGGACGCGCGAUUGCCGAUCUGGUCGCAUCCGGCGACGAUGCACGGCAGGGCGAGAUGCUGCGGAAGCUGUUGGCGCUGAUCAAGCUGUUUGCCGGUGAUGCGAACCGAUCGCGGCAGCUGCUCGCUUCCCACUGGACCGCCGCUAACCAGCAGCAGCUCAAGUUCGAACCUCAGCCGUGGAGUAGCCAUGACGAGGAGCAUGGUUGUUGCUUGCACGCCGCCAUACGGCGCAACGAUACGACGAUCGCCUGCAAGCUGAUCGAACUGUUGGACGAGUUCCGACUGACGGACGAGCUGCUGGACCUGCCGAACGAUCGGAACGAAACGGCCCUCCACCUUGCGGUAUCUACCAACAAUGAAUCGAUCGUGCGGGAACUGCUGAAAGCUGGCGCAAAGCUUACCUUUUGUGAUUACCGUGGCAAUACCGCACUGCACCGGGCAGUGGUUGAGAAUGUGCCCGACAUGGUACGGCUACUGUUGCGACACGGACAAGCGGGACGCUCUCGGCUGGAUUGCACCAAUGACGAUGGGCUGACGGCGCUGCAGGCUGCCGUGUACGCUCGAAAUCUGAAAAUUACCCGCAUUCUGAUCGACGCCGGUGCUUCGGUGCGCGAGAAGGAUCUUAAACAUGGCAACAACAUCCUGCACAUUGCGGUCGACAAUGACUCACUCGACAUCGUGAACUACGUGCUGGAGCACGUCAACCGCGAGCUCGGUCUCGAGCAGAACAACGCCGGCUACACACCGCUACAGCUGGCCGAUGCGAAAAGUGCCACCGGCCAGGGAAACAAUAAGCUGAUCGUGCGGGAAUUGCUGCGCCACUUCCCGGAUGGUUUGGAGAAGCGAACGGCCGGUGACGAUAGUCAGGAACAGGAAGAGGACAUCGAUGAGGAUGAGGAGGAGGAGGAAGAAGGGGAGGAGGAGGAGGAAGAGGAUGAAGAAGAAAGAGAGGGGGAGGCGAUAGAGCAGGACAAGGAGCAGAAGAACGAGACAGUACUGGAUUCGAUCAACCUUAACUGUGAUCGUGUGAAUAUCGCACGCCUGCUGGAGGAGCACGAGCCGGAAGCUGAACCGCAGCGCAAAGCUACGAAGCGAUCGGAUGCUACUACCGCGACCGAACGGAAGGAACCAGCCGCCGCCUCGGCCCCACUGUUCGAUGACCAGUGUAUGGAGGAGCUGUGUGAGCUGUUGAGCGGCAGCGAGACUUGGCGUGCCCUAGGUUCGCUGCUUGAUUUCCAUCCAUUUUUCACCGUAUGGGAGCAGGGUCCGAGCCCGGCACGGAUGCUGCUCGGGUACUAUGAGAUGCAACAGUUAAACAUGGAUCGGCUGAUCGAUAUGCUCCGGGCGUUGGAGCUGCGUGACUGCAUCCGCAGCAUCGACGAGAUGAUCUGUCGACGGAUGAAGUAGUGAUAGCGAAGCACAACACCCGGUAAAAACAGGGGUUAUCGGUUGUUUUUUUUUUUUAUCUAGCCAUAAGUGAAGGAUAGCACAAUAUUUUAACACUCUUUACCCGUACCUUCCAAUCUUGUUUUUUGCUACAUUCUGUGCAGAUACACAUUACAGAGCGUUAGCUAGUUGGUAACGAGA